UUUCACCUCAUAGCUCAAAGCGGUGGUGGCAAAACCGGCACGCAUCCCCACCUGCGGCCAUUUUCUCGACAUGUAAGCAGUGUCCGUGUCCGUGGACGCGGGGAAAAGCCCUUUUUACGGGCCGUUCGCUCCAUCCUUUUUGCGCUGAGCCGCUGGGUGAAGAUGGUGAAGAGGAAAAGCCUGGACGACAGCGAGCAGGAGAACUGCCGAGGGAUACCGUUCCCUAUUCAGACCUUCCUCUGGAGACAGACCAGUGCCUUUUUGAGACCGAAGCUAGGGAAGCAGUAUGAAGCCUCCUGUGUGUCUUUUGAGCGUGUGCUGGUGGAGAAUAAGCUCCAUGGACUCUCUCCAGCUCUCACUGAGGCCAUCCAGAGCAUCUCACGCUGGGAGCUGGUGCAGGCAGCGCUGCCUCAUGUCCUCCACUGCACCUCCAUCCUCCUGUCCAACCGCAACAAGCUAGGGCACCAGGACAAGCUCGGUGUAGCCGAGACCAAACUACUCCACACUCUUCACUGGAUGCUGCUGGAGGCUGCCCAGGAGUGCCACCAGGACCUGGGACAUGGCUGGUCUGGAGGGGGCAGUAGCGGCAGCAGUGCCUUUCUGCAGCCCUUGGGCAACCAAGGAAAUCUUGAGCGGAGUGGCAGCACCCCUGAAGAGAACGAGUACGCCCGUGCCAAGCUUUACCACAAGAACAUGGCCACUGUGGAGCUUUUCGUAUUUCUCUUCGCUCCUCUCAUACACCGCAUCAAGGAGUCUGAUCUCACCUUUCGAUUAGCUAGUGGACUUAUCAUUUGGCAGCCAAUGUGGGAGCACCGCCAGCCCGAUGUUCCCGCCUUCUCUGCUCUCAUCAAGCCAAUGCGGAACAUUGUUACUGCAAAGAGGAACUCUCUGGUGAAUAACCAGUGCAGCCCCUGUGGCACCAGCAACCCCUGCUCGACGGUGGUGUGUGAAUCAGCCCAGUCAGACUCCUCCUCCCCUUCGGUGACAGGCCAGAGCUGUCGCCGUGGCAACUCAGUGGAGAGAGGAGGCUCCUCACAGCAGCCAUUCGAGAGAGGCCUCUCCCAGAAGAAAUUGUCAGCGCCUGGCGGCCUCUCUGUGUCCCAGCGGGCAAGGUAUGCUACAUACUUCGAUGUAGCAGUGCUGCGUUGCCUGCUGCAGCCUCAUUGGACAGAAGAGGGGGUGCACUGGGCUCUCAUCUUCUACCUGCAGCGACUGCGGCAAAUACUACAGGAGAAGCCUGAGCGGCCCCCCGAACUGCCCAUAGCACCUCUGCCUCGACCCCGAAGCAGCUCCAUGGUAGCUGCAGCACCCUCUCUGGUCAACACACAUAAAACACAGGACAUGACCUUGAAGUGCAAUGAGGAGGGCAGGUCUCUGAGCUCAGAGACCUUCUCCAAAGUAUCCAUCACCAACCUCAGAAGACCAGCCGUCCCAGACCUCGCGUCUGACAUGGGCAUGAAUAUUUUCAAAAAGUUUAAGAACCGCAGGGAGGACCGGGAGAGGAAGGGAUCCAUUCCAUUCCACCACACAGGGAAAAAGAGGCAGCGGCGUAUGGGCGUUCCUUUCCUGAUGCACGAGGACCACCUGGAUGUCUCGCCCACACGCAGCACAUUCUCAUUCGGGAGCUUCUCCGGUUUGGGUGAUGAACGCCGCCCCCUAGAGCGUGGGGGCUGGCCCUCAACCAUCAUGGGAAAGUUCACUCGCCGAGGCAGCACAGACACAGCAGGAGAUAUGGACAGUCUUGGAGCAAAACACUCACAUUCCCACCACAACUUGCCUGACCAUUCCAACAGCCACAGUGACAACACCAUCAAAGAGGGCGUCCGUUCCCAAAUCUCUACCAUCACCAUGGCUACCUUUAACACAACCGUGGCCUCCUUUAACGUGGGCUACACUGAUUUCUUCACGGAGCACAUUAAGAAGCUGUGCAAUCCCAACCCCAUCCCGGAGAUGCCUUGUGAGCCGCUGGCAUGUUCCAACCUGCCCCGCAGUCUGACCGAUUCGUGCAUCAACUACUCCUGCCUGGAAGAAAGAGACACCAUCGAGGGAACCAACAACUUCAUCCUGAAAAAUGGCAUGCUGGAUCUUACUGCUGUCCUUAGAGCUCUGUAUGCUGUCCUCAACCAUGACAUCAGCUCACGGAUCUGUGACGUGGCCCUCAACAUCAUCGAGUGUCUCCUGCAGCUGGGUGUGGUGCCCAGCAUGGCAAAGAAGAUGUCUAAACCUGAGGACAAGGCGAAGGAAGCAGAGCAUUCGAAAGAAGGCGCUGGCCAAGGUGUGGGCGGAGCUCAUGGUGGCGUGAGUGGGGGCACAGGGGCGGCGCCCAGUGGAGGGAGUGGAGAUGGUGAUGGAGGAGGAGGAGGAAGUGGAGGAGGAAGCAGAAAUGAUAUUAAAAACAACAAAGACAACAAGGAGGAGGAAUCUUCCCUCAGCACUCACAGACUGGCUCUUACCAUGCUCAUUAAGAUUGUGAAGUCUCUUGGCUGUGCUUAUGGCUGCGGGGAAGGCCAUCGCGGACUCUCGGGAGAUCGUCUGCGCAUGCAGGCCCAGAACUGCCUGACCAGUCUGUACAAGCUGGAUAAGGUGCAGUUCCGGCAGACUAUGAAAGAGUACGUCAACAAGGAUUCACUCAACAACAUAGUGGAUUUCCUGCAUGCUCUCCUCGGCUUCUGCAUGGAGCCCAUCACUGACAAAUACGGCAGUGCAGGUGAGAGGUCCAGGAGGGCGAAUAAACGAAACUUCGACAAGGCUGGCUUUGGAAACAAUUUCGCCACAGGAGGUGAUAAGUCUCUGGCUCAGAACAUGGAGGCAGUGGUGGUGGGCUGCAUGUUCAAAUCCCUUAUAACCAGAUGCGCCUCCACUACACAUGAGCUGCACAGCCCAGAGAAUCUGGGUCUGUACUGCGACAUUCGGCAGUUGGUUCAGUUUAUCAAAGAGUCGCAUGGCAACGUUUUCCGUCGCGUGGCCCUGAGCGCUCUGUUGGACAGUGCAGAAAAACUCAAUGCCACAAAGAAACCUGAGGAGAAAGAGGACGCCAAGCCCGGUGCACAAAAAAGUGAGGAACAGAUCCCCGGGGCUCUUUUAGGAAGGAAGGACUUCUGGAGAAAGAUGUUCAAAUCCCAGAGUGCUGCCAGCGACACCAGCAGUCAGUCAGAGCAAGACACAUCUGAGUGCACUACUGCCCAUUCGGGCACCACCACAGACCGCCGUUCCCGCUCGCGCUCCCGACGCAUCUCACUGCGCAAAAAGCUCAAAUUGCCCAUAGGAAACUGGCUGAAGCGGUCCUCCCUGUCGGGACUGGCUGACGGGGUAGAGGACCUGCUGGACAUAAGUUCAGUGGACAGACUGUCCUUCAUCAGGCAGAGCUCCAAGGUGAAGUUCACUAGUGCUGUGAAGCUGUCCGAGGGAAGCGCUAUGGAGUACGGCCGGGAGGAGGAGGAAAAUUUCUUCAAGCGGCUCGGUAAAUGGCGGUCCGGUCGGCGGAACCCAUCCAAGCUUCACCACACAGAGGAGAAAGAUGGAUGCCAUGGAUUUCAGGAGCGCUUGGUUGCUAGCCAGGAGGCUAUGAAAAAUAAGAACAUAGUGAACCUGGGUGCAAUUAGACAGGGCAUGAAAAGGUUCCAGUUCCUCUUGAAUUGCUGUGAGCCAGGAACCAUCCCUGAUGCCUCCAUAUUAGCUGCCGCACUGGACCUGGAAGCUCCAGUGGUGGCUAGGGCAUCCCUUUUCCUGGAGUGUGCCCGCUUUGUGCACCGCUGUAACCGUGGCAACUGGCCGGAGUGGAUGAAAGGUCACCAUGUCAACAUUACCAAGCGAGGGCUCUCGAGAGGACGCUCACCUGUGGCGGGGAACAAAAGGAACAACAAACUCCAGUGGAACGCAGCCAAGCAUUUCUACCAGUGGGGGGAUGCGAUUGGCACUCGCCUGAGUGAGUUGUGCCACUCAGACAGCGAGAGCCCGGCUAACAUCCUCGGCUUUAUUUAUGACGAUGAGAGCAAGAGGAGGGCAAGGAAAGAGGAUGAAGAAGAGGACUUCCUGGAUGACAAUACAGUCAACCCUACGAAAUGUGCCUGUCCCUUUGCACUGAAGAUGUCUGCUUGUCAGCUGCUUUUGGAGAUCACCACCUUCUUGAGAGAGACCUUCCCCUGCCUUCCUCGUCCUCGCACAGAGCCUCUAGUGGAUUUAGAGAGUUGCAGGCUGCGUCUGGACCCAGAGCUGGGCCGACAUCGCUAUGAGAGAAAAAUCAGCUUUGCGGGAAUUCUGGAUGAUGAGGAUGGUCAUGAUUCCCUGAACAGCAGCAGUCACACUCUGAAGUCUGAUACUGCAUGUGAUGAAAAGAAAUCUUCACAAGAGCCCCUAGCUCCCAUCAGGAAGAUCCGCAUCGGAGGCUCUCGCCUGCUGCAGAUCAAAGGGGCCAGGAGUUUCAAGGUGAAGAAAGGAGGCUCCCUUUCCUCCAUCCGUAGGGCUGGAAGUCUGAAGAGCACCAAGAUGUCCCGGCAGGACUCGGAGUCCGAGAAUGACGCUGAGUCUGAUCGUCUGCUGUCUCAAAGCAGAGACACGGUCACUGAUAUAGGGAGCCCCUGGAGUGCCAGUGAGCCCAGCAUUGAGCCUGAAGGUCCUGGCAGCACUGGGGGAGUGGAGGACAACUACCACCGCAACAUGUCAUGGCUGCAUAUUAUGAUCCUGCUAUGCAACCAGCAGAGUUUUAUCUGCACCCAUGUGGACUUCUGCCACCCGCGCUGCUACCAGCGUCACAGCCGCUCUUGCGCCCGCCUGGUCCGUGCCAUCAAACUGCUGUACGGAGAGACCGUGGACAGCCUGAGAGAGAACAGCUCCACCACUGGCUUCAGCACACGUGCCAAGAAGAGCAAAGAGUGCUCGGACAAGUCGUGCCUGCGGACCCCAUCAAUGAAGAGACGUCCCACCGACAGCAAUGCAGAGGGGAAAAAAGACUCGGGGAUGCUGAAGUACAUCCGAACACAGGUGAUGAGUCUGUCUCCAGCUCCUCUGUCCCUGCUCAUAAAAGCAGCCCCCAUCCUGACGGAGGACAUGUAUGGAGACAUCCAGCCAGCUGCCUGGGAGCUGCUGCUCAGCGUGGAUGAGCAUAUGGCUGCUGCUGCAGCUGCCAUGUUCCUGCUGUGUGCUGUGAAGGUGCCUGAUGCCGUCACUGAGAUGAUGAUGGCUGAGUUUCAGCAUCAUGAGGCCAGUCAGAGGAUCAACUCAGUGCUCAAGUUCUACACAAUCUGGAGGUUUCGCUACCAGGUGUGGCCUCGCAUGGAGGAGGGUGCACAGCAGAUCUUUAAGAUUCCUCCACCCAGCAUUAACUUCACUCUGCCAUCCCCUAUCCUGGGAAUGCCCUGUGUGCCCAUGUUUGACCCACCAUGGGUGCCGGUAAACGCUGGGACUGUCCCAGAUGCAAUCAGUGAAGAUCAGUCAAAAUCGUUCUCGGCCCGUGCAGUGUCCCGCUCUCACCAGCGUGCAGAGCACAUCCUGAAGAACAUGCAGCAGGAGGAGGAGAAGAGGAGGCUGGGUCGCGAGGCCAGCAUCAUCACAGCUAUCCCCAUCGCUCAGGAGGCCUGCUACGAACCCACCUGCAGCCCCCCGCCUGAGCAGGAGGAAGAGGCAGAAGAUGUGGUAAAUUUGGCCUCUCGUCGUCUGUCAGUCAGCCCCUCCUGUGCCUCUAGCAACUCUCACAGGAACUACUCAUUCCGUCGGGGCUCCGUGUGGUCUGUGCGCUCGGUGGUCAGUGCUGAAGAUGAUGAGAACACCACGGAGCACACACCAACACAUCACAUGCUGCAGCCACCCCAGUCUGUUUUCCCAGCAUGCAUCUGUGCUGCAGUCUUGCCCAUAGUUCACCUAAUGGAGGAUGGAGAUGUUCGAGAGGAUGGUGUCGCAGUGAGUGCCGUGGCCCAGCAGGUGCUGUGGAACUGUCUGAUUGAAGACCCUGCACUUGUGCUUCGCCACUUCCUGGAGAAACUCACUGUCAGUAACAGACAGGAUGAGCUUAUGUACAUGCUCAGAAAACUGCUCCUCAACAUUGGAGAUCUACCUGCACAGACCUCACACAUUCUCUUCAACUAUCUGGUGGGUUUGAUCAUGUAUUUUGUGCGGACACCGUGCGAGUGGGGCAUGGAUGCUAUCUCAGCUACUCUGACCUUUCUGUGGGAGGUGGUAGGCUAUGUGGAAGGCCUCUUCUUUAAAGACCUCAAACAGACCAUGAAGAAGGAACAGUGUGAGGUCAAACUGCUGGUAACUGCCUCUAUGCCAGGAACCAAGACCCUGGUGGUCCAUGGGCAGAAUGAGUGUGAUAUCCCCACCCAGUUACCAGUGCAUGAGGAUACACAGUUUGAAGCCCUGCUAAAGGAAUGCCUUGAGUUUUUCAAUAUUCCAGAGGCUCGGUCAGCCAACUACUUUCUAAUGGACAAGCGUUGGAAUCUCCUCCACUAUGCCAAGACAUAUGUACGAGACAUCUACCCUUUCAGGCGAUCAGUGUCACCUCAGCUGAACCUGGUCCACAUGGCUCCAGAGAAAGGCCUGGAGCUCAUUCAGAAACAGGUGUUCUCCAGGAAGCUGGAGGAGGUGGGCCGAGUUCUCUUCCUCAUCUCGCUCACUCAGCGCAUGCCAGCCAUGCACAAGCAAUCCCAUGUCUCACUGCUUCAGGAAGACCUGCUGCGCCUGCCCUCCUUCCCCCGCACAGCCAUUGAUGCUGAGUUCACUCUCUUCAAUGAGCCUCUGGGAAAAGAGCUCUUUGGUAUGGACACCUUGCAUAAGGUAUUGUGGAUCAAGCUGCUGGAGGAGAUGUUCCUGGGCAUGCCCAGCGAGUACCCCUGGGGUGAUGAGAUCAUGCUGUUUCUGAAUGUGUUCAAUGGAGCCCUGCUGCUUCACCCUGAAGACAGUGCCCUCCUCAGGCAGUACACUGCCACUGCCAUCAACACAGCUGUGCACUUCAACCACCUCUUCUCCCUCAGUGGCUACCAGUGGAUUCUCCCUACUAUGCUUCAGACCUAUGCUGAUUAUGAGAGUAAUCCACUGCUGCGUCGAGGCAUUGAGUUCUGCUGCCGACAGUUUUACAUCCUCCACCGCAAGCCCUUCAUCCUGCAGCUGUUUGCCAGUGUGGCCCCACUGCUCGAGUUCACUACCUGCACCAGUACUGGACUGUCUAAAGGCGUGUCUGCCCAGUGCCUGUUUGACCUGCUGGUGUCUCUGGAAGGAGAGACAGCUGAUGGUCUGGAUGCUCUGGAGUUGGUCAAGGCUGAGAAACCUCUUCGCUCUCUGGAUUUUUGUUAUGGCAAUGAGGACCUAGCCUUCUCCAUCAGUGAGUCCAUCAAGCUGUGUGUGACAGUGGUGGCUUACGCUCCUGAGUCCUACCGAAGCUUACAGAUGUUGAUGGUUCUAGAGGCGCUGGUUCCUUGUUACCUGCAGAAACUGAAGGGUAACAGUCAGGCCCUGGAGUCAGCGUCUGUAGCCAGAGAUGAGAUUGCUGCCAUUGCUGCUCUGGCUACUUCCCUUCAGGCCCUGCUCUAUAGUGUGGAGUCCCUGACACGGCCUAUGACUGCACCUCAGAUGAGUCGCUCUGAUCAAGGCCAUAAAGGAGGAACUGCUGCCAACCACACCAUGUCUGGAGGGCCGAAUACCAGGGACAACCUGCACCUGUUGGAGGAGGGUCAGGGCAUGCCGCGGGAAGAGCUGGACGAGCGCAUCGCCCGAGAAGAGUUUCGCCGGCCCCGCGAGUCACUGCUCAACAUCUGUACUGAGUUCUACAAACACUGUGGCCCACGCCUCAAAAUCCUGCAGAACGUGGCAGGAGAACCCAGGGUCACUGCUCUAGAACUUCUGGAUAUCAAGUCUCAUAUGAGACUGGCAGAGAUUGCCCACUCCCUCCUCAAGCUGGCUCCGUACGACACUUUAACCAUGGAGAGCCGCGGCCUGCGGCGCUACAUCACUGAGAUGCUGCCCAUCACCGACUGGUCAUCAGAGGCUGUGCGGCCCGCCCUCAUCCUUAUCCUCAAACGACUGGACCGCAUGUUCAACAAGAUCCACAAGAUGCCCACGCUCAGGUGCGCGCGCCCGCAGGCUCUGUACUCCAGACGACAGGUGGAAUGGGAGGCAGCCAGCAGUCUGAUUGAGGGCAUCUGUCUUACUCUCCAUCGCCAGCCAAUCAUCUCCUUUCUUCCCCACCUACGCUCCCUCAUCAAUGUCUGUGUAAACCUGGUGAUGGGCGUGGUUGGACCCUCCAGUGUAGCAGACGGCUUGCCAUUGCUGCAUUUAAGUCCAUACUUGUCCCCUCCUCUUCCCUUCAGCACAGCUGUGGUUCGCCUUGUAGCCAUGCAGAUACAGGCUUUGAAGGAUGACUUCCCGCUCAGUCACGUGAUCUCUCCCUUCACCAAUCAGGAGCGGCGAGAAGGCAUGCUACUCAACCUUCUGAUUCCUUUUGUGCUAACUGUUGGCUCAGGAAGCAAAGACAGUCCUCAGAUUGAGCAGGCAGAGGUUUUCCUGCUCCUGCAGACAGUCAUCAACAUCCUUUUGCCUCCACGUAUCAUCAGCACCUCACGCAGUAAGAACUUUGUGCUGGAUGCUUCUCCGGCGCACUGUUCCACACCCGGAGACACGGGCAAGGACCUGCGCCGAGAGGGUCUGGCCGAGUCCACCAGCCAAGCGGCUUAUCUGGCUCUGAAGGUGGUGCUGGUGUGCUUUGAGAGGCAGUUGGGUAAUCAGUGGUACAGACUGAGUCUGCAGGUGAAGGAGAUGGCUCUGCGGAAAGUGGGCGGUCUGGCUUUCUGGGACUUUAUCGACUUUAUAGUGCGCACCCGCAUCCCCAUCUUCGUGCUCCUGCGCCCCUUCAUACAAUGCAAGCUGCUGACCCAGCCAGCAGAGUCUCAGGAGGAAAUCACGGCUCGACAUCACAUUGCUGACCAGCUGGAGAGGCGCUUCAUCCCUCGCUCACUCUGCAAGAGCUCCCUGUUCGCCGAAUUCAACAACGAGCUCAAGAUCCUGAAAGAGGCUGUACACAGUGGCUCGGCUUACCAAGGGAAGACAUCCAUCAGUACAGUGGGUACCUCCACAUCAGCCUAUCGGCUGAGUCUGGCCACCAUGUCACGUUCCAACACCGGCACAGGGACGGUGUGGGAGCAAGACAGUCAGCCCUCCCGGCAGCCGUCACAGGACACGCUCAGCCGCACUGAUGAAGAGGAGGAGGAAAAUGACUCCAUAAGCAUUCCCAGUGUGGUAAGUGAGCACGAGGCUUUCUUCCCCACUCUCAUUACCCAGCGCCGGUUCUCCAGCCACGCUACGGGUUCCUCCUCCACCCAGCCAGAGCCGGGCCUCAGCACCAUGCUGCCCAGCCACAGUGAACCCAAUGUGCUAGAUGAGUCCCAGGGGCUGCUGCAGGAGGGUAACCUCUCACGGGUCGCAAGUGUCCAGAGCGAGCCUGGCCAGCAGAAUCUCCUGCUUCAGCCACCACUCGGUCGUAAAAGGGGUCUUAGACAGCUUCGUCGGCCGCUGUUGUCCAUUCCAAGGGUGCAGGACGAAUCUCGUGGCCGGCAGGGAGCAAGGCUCUCAACCACACGCAGGAGCAUUCAGCCCAAGAACAAAGCAAUCGAUAAAGCACAUAAUGACCAGAAGAGGUCAGUCACUUUCACAGAGACUCAGCAGGAAGCUUCUGGAAAGUCUCCUUCUGCUACACCCACACCUACACCCAGCACAGUGCUGCCUGGUGUGACCGAGUCCAGAAGAUUAAGCCAUGGCCGGGCCUCACCUUUAACCACUGCUCCUUCUGAGACUCCAUCACCAACCCUCAAAGCUGACCAGCACAGCCUAGGGCGACCACAGGCCUCACCUUUGGCCAUGGGUAAAGAGAAGAGAGAGCAGGGCAGUGUUAGAAGCAGCCUGUCCCCAACGCCUUCCUCCGCUCCAACCUCCAGAUCCUGCUCUCCCCUCCCUCCCCCACUCCCAGCCCUGAGUACCCCGGUUCGGCUUGCCGCGACCCAGAUCCGCGAGAGCCCAGAGGAUGAGGAGACCUCGGGGCUCCUGCAGAACACAGACACCUCGCUCCAGACGGGUGAGGAGCAGGGCACAGAGAACCCUUUACUCACAUCGCUGCUCACACCUCACUCUCUGUCUCCUCUCCCCCUCUCUCCUGUAGACCUGGACCUGGAUGAGUCCCAUGUCUGAACUUAUCAAAGCCAUAACUCCUUA